AUGAAUGAAACAAAUGAUCGGACCAAAUUUCGUCAACUGGACAAGCUGAUUGUCAAAGCAAAACAAAACUUGAAUCCGGUAAUCACGGAAGUACGGGAUACGACUGCACAAACAAGUAAGCGUGAACAAUCUGAAUUAGAAAGGAUGGCUCGAGAAGAAAUCCUGAGAGAUGCCACGUUAGGUGUUCAUCGUUACGAGAAAAUUGGACCACAGGGUUGGAAAAAGCCAGCUUGUUUAAAAACGAAUAAAAAAUUUCUCGAACGGAUAUUACGUGCAACACAAUCGAAAUGA